AUGGCACCGUAUGAAGCUCUGUAUGGUCUUAAAUGUAGAACUCCAUUGUAUUGGAUUCAUCUCAGUGAGAAAAAGAUACACGAAGUUGAUUUGAUCCAUGAAACUGAAGAGAAAGUGAAAGUAAUCCAAGAUAGCCUGAAAGCAGCUUCUGAUCGUCAGAAAUCCUAUGUUGAUCUUAAACGAAAAGAAAUAGAAUUUCAAGUUGGCGACAAGAUAUUCUUGAAAGUUUUGCCUUGGAAGAAAGUUCUUCGGUUUGACCGCAAAGGGAAAUUAAGUUCGCGAUUUAUCGGGCCAUAUGAAAUUAUUAAAAGAAUCAGAGCUAUUGUGCACCGAUUGGCCCUACUGCCAAAGAUUGACAGAAUUCACAAUGUCUUUCACAUAUCUAUGUUACGACGAUAUUGGUCUGAUCCUUCACAUGUUAUCUCUUCGACAGAGGUUAAGAUCCAACCUCAGAUGACUUACAGUAAGGAACUAAUCAAAAUCCUGGUACAUGAGAUGAAAGAAUUAAUAAAUAAAAAGGUAGCUCUAGUACAAGUCCUCUGGCAACGACACGGUAUAGAAGAAGUUACCUGGAAACUUGAGGAAAUAAUGAGAAAGCAAUAUCCCAAGCUCUUUACUGGUGUGAGACAAGUUGGGUGA